AUGCCAUUGUGUGAGACCAUCACCAUUGCCUCUGUUGUUGUGCUCUUCAUUGUGCUUGCGCUUGGUGGCAUCUACUACUACUGGUCAACGUGCAAGCCCACCUAUGUCAAGUACGCUGGCCAGAAUCUGACCUGUGAUCUGAGCCCCAACUGCGAUGUGGUGAUCGGAUCAGCCGAGGCCACCGUCGACGCCUGCCAGGCCCGGUGCGAUUCCACUUCGGGGUGCGAGGGCUUCCUCUUCCAGCGCACCGGCGCCGGAUCCGGCAACAACUGCUGGCUCAAGAAGUUUGCCGACUACCCGCCCAAGAUGACCCCGUGGGCAUUGGCCGAUUUCUACCUCAACUCCAAGGAGAAGCAAUGA